GUUUCUUUCUAUUUCUCUGAAAUUUUCAGGGAAAUUGAAACUCCAUCCUGUUCUGUUCAAUUCUUGACACCAAAUUCAAACUCAUUCCAUACCUACCUUGCCGAUUAUCUGGUUGUUAUUGUUUUAGACUGUAAAUAAAGAAAUGGAGGCGGCGGCCAUGGGUGAUUUCUCCAACUCAGGUGGCCAAGGGCCGGGCGAAGCCCCUAACCCUAAUCCUGCUCAAGACCAAAACCAGAAUCAAUCUCAAGAGCAGGGAGGGAGACAAGACCAAGAAGAAGAAGGGAAAGACGACGAGGAGUUGAUGGCCAAGGCACAGAGUCUCAUGGAAAAGAUCACUUCUUCCCACGAUAGCCCUAAUCCCGCUGUCCUCCAUGCUCUCUCUUCGCUUCUCGAGACCCAGGAGUCUCUAUACAUUAAAGAAAACGGUUAUUCCUUGAGCAGUGGUCGUGCUUCUCAUAAUAUUGGACGGCUGGGGAAUUUAAUCCGGGAUAAUGAUGAAUUCUUUGAUUUGAUAUCGUUGAGGUUUCUCUCUGAGAGUAGAUACUCAACAUCUGUCCAGGCAGCUGCUGCAAGGCUUCUUUUGAGCUGCUCUCUUACUUGGGUUUAUCCUCAUGUCUUUGAUGAACUGAUUUCGGUAAACAUUAAAGCUUGGGUAAUGGAUGAGACUGCCAAGUAUUCUAGUAAAGAUCAGAACUGGAAGCAUGAAGCAGGGAGAAAGGAAGCCUCAGAUGCUGAAAUGUUAAAAACCUAUUCUACUGGACUUCUUGCCAUGUGUUUGGCUGCUGGUGGUCAAAUAGUAGAGGAUGUGUUGACUUCUGGACUGUCAGCUAAGCUUAUGCGUUACCUCCGAAUUCGUGUUCUUGGUGAGCCCUGUACAAGUCAAAGAGAUGCGGGCCAUUUAACUGAUAUCAAGAGUGUUUCUUCUGCUCCUUCCAGAGGUAGAGAAGAAGGUCGGGGUAGGGUCAGGCAGGUUUUGGAGACAAGCCACUUAGAUGAUUUGAAGAUAACAGAUAAUAGAUCUUUGGAUGAUCAGUCUGUUGAAAGGGAUCUGCCAGAUGGGACAGGUGAGGGGGUUGAUGUUUAUGAUAUAGAUGCUGAGGUUGAGGACAAGUGGCAAGGUCGAGAUACUCGUGAUGGAAAAUUGAGAUUUGGAGAACUUGAUGAAAGUGGUACCGAUGACUCUACAAGACGAAGGACAAACCGUGUAGGGCCAAGAUCUAGAAGUAAAGGAAGGAGUACUGAAGGGGUUACAGAGAAUGAACAGGGACUAACCUCUCCAGGAUCUGAGAGUUAUUUGGGUGGACGAGGCAUCAGAGACAGAAGUUUGUCAAAGAAUUUAGAUGUGAGAAAGGUGCCAGAUGCAAAAAAGUUUGUCGGAAAGGUGAACAUCGAUGGUCCUUUAGUGGAAACAGAUGACAAUGAUGAAUGCUCACAGGAAUACCGGGUUGGAAAUAGAGACAUCUCCGGUUUUGUAAGGAAAGCUGUCAGAGCUGCUGAAGCUGAAGCUAGGGGUGCCAGUGCGCCUGCAGAAGCUAUCAAAGCAGCUGGUGAUGCUGCUGCUGAAGUUGUCAAAUCUGCUGCUUUAGAGGAGUUCAAAACCACUAACAAUGAAGAAGCUGCUGUUUUGGCUGCUUCCAGAGCUGCAUCUACUGUUAUUGAUGCUGCUAAUGCAAUUGAAGUUUCAAGGAACUCCACUAGCGUAACUGUUGAUCCAGUUAACAUAAGUGCGGCAGAAACUGAGAUCAAUGAGGAAGCUGAAGAUUAUUUUAUUCUGGAUGUUGAAUCCCUUGCUCAGUUGAGAGAAAAAUAUUGCAUUCAGUGCCUUGAGGCUUUAGGACAGUAUGUUGAAGUGCUUGGACCUGUACUCCAUGAGAAGGGUGUAGAUGUUUGUCUUGCGUUGCUACAGCAAAGUUCCAGACAUGAGGAAGCAUUAAAGGUUGCUUUGUUGUUGCCUGAUGUGAUGAAGCUAAUUUGUGCUUUAGGUGCUCACCGGAAGUUUGCUGCAUUAUUUGUUGAUCGAGGUGGCAUGCAAAAACUACUUGCUGUUCCAAGAGUGCCUCAAAACUUCUUUGGCCUUUCAUCUUGCUUAUUUACUAUAGGUUCUCUUCAGGGAAUAAUGGAACGUGUGUGUGCGCUUCCAUCAGAUAUUGUCCAUCAAGUAGUUGAGUUAGCUAUCCAGCUUCUGGAAUGCUCCCAGGAUCAAGCAAGGAAAAACGCAGCCUUGUUUUUUGUAGCUGCAUUUGUAUUUAGAGCAGUCCUGGAUGCUUUUGAUGCUCUGGAUGGUUUACAGAAACUACUGGGCCUUUUAAGUGAUGCUGCCUUAGUAAGAUCUGGUACAGCAUCACUUCGAAAUGAUCGAUCACCAGCCGAAGUUCUGACAUCUUCUGAAAAGCAGAUAGCUUAUCAUACCUGUGUUGCUUUGCGUCAGUAUUUCAGAGCACAUCUUCUUUUGCUUGUGGAUUCUAUACGACCAAAUAAAAGUACUCGAGGUGGGGCACGAAAUGUUCCGAGUGUCAGGGCAGCAUACAAGCCACUCGACAUUAGUAAUGAGGCUAUGGAUGCUGUAUUUCUGCAGUUGCAGAAGGAUCGGAAGCUGGGUCCUGCUUUUGUGAGAACACGGUGGGCUGCUGUUGAGAAGUUCUCAAGCUGUAAUGGGCAUAUUACCAUGUUGGAAUUGUGUCAGGCCCCACCAGUUGAGCGAUACCUGCAUGACUUGCUUCAGUAUGCUCUGGGGGUUCUGCACAUUGUAACGUUGGUUCCUACUAGUCGCAGGAUGAUUGUAAAUACCAGUCUGAGCAAUAAUCGUGCAGGUAUAGCAGUCAUUCUGGAUGCAGCAAAUAGUGCUAGUAGUUUCCUGGAGCCUGAGAUUAUACAGCCUGCACUCAAUGUGUUGGUCAAUCUUGUUUGCCCACCGCCUUCGAUCAGCAACAAACCAUCCCUAAUUGGACAAGGUCAGCAUUCUGCUUCUUGCCUAACCUUAAAUGUUUCUGCUGUGGAGACUAGAGAUAGAAAUGCAGAACGCAAUCUUUCAGAUCGAGCUGUUUACACGUCUAAUCAGAGUGACACGAGGGAGCGAAACGGAGACUCUUGUGUGUUAGAUCGAGGCAGUGCACCGGGAGCCCAGUCUGUAGCUGCAACUCCACAAACACCUGUUUCUGCUACUGCAUCAGGUUUGGUUGGAGAUCGUCGAAUAUCUUUAGGUGUUGGAGCAGGUUCUGCUGGCCUUGCAGCCCAAUUAGAACAAGGAUAUCGCCAAGCUAGAGAGGCUGUACGUGCCAAUAAUGGUAUAAAGGUUCUUCUGCAUCUCCUUCAACCACGCAUAUAUACUCCUCCUGCUGCCUUGGAUUGUCUCCGUGCUCUUGCCUGCCGUGUCCUGCUUGGUUUAGCUAGAGAUGACACAAUUGCACACAUACUGACCAAACUUCAGGUUGGGAAAAAGCUAUCAGAACUAAUUCGAGAUUCUGGUAGCCAGAUGCCUGGAACUGAGCAAGGAAGGUGGCAAGCUGAACUUAUGCAGGUGGCAAUCGAGUUAAUUGCAAUCGUAACAAAUUCGGGACGUGCAAGUACGUUGGCAGCUACUGAUGCUGCCACACCCACUUUGAAGCGCAUAGAGAGAGCUGCUAUUGCUGCUGCCACACCUAUUACUUACCAUUCAAGGGAGCUUUUGCUUCUCAUACAUGAACACCUUCAGGGAUGUGGUAUGGCUGAAACAGCAGCUACACUUAUUAAAGAAGGUCAAUUGACACCUCUUCCAUCCUUGGCAGCCCCAUCGUCUCUUGCACACCAAUCCACCACCCAGGAAAUCCCCCUAAUGCAACUUCAGUGGCCUUCUGGUCGUAUUGCUGGUGGAUUUCUCUCCAACAAACAAAAAGUUAGUGUAAGGGAUGAGGAUUCCAGUCUGAAGUGUGAUUCAGCAUCAUCUUUGAAGAAGAAACCACUUGUUUUCUCUCCUCCUUUUAGCUUAAAAUCAAGUAAUCAGUUUCACUCUCAUGAUUCCCAGCCAGCAUCAACGAGGAAAGUCUCGAUUAUUUCAAGAGACUUUCCAGCACCUGCAAGUGUAUCAGAAAUACCUUCAGAAAAUGUGCAGAAAAAUAACCUUGAUGUGGGAUCUCAAUGUAAGACACCAAUCAUUGUGCCAAUGAAAAGGAAAUUGUCUGAGUUAAAGGAUACUGGGUUGGGACUAUCAGGGAAGCGGAUUAACACUGGUGAUCAUGCAAUUCAGUCUCUGGUUCAGUCAACACUCAGUAGCCGUAGAAGCUAUCUUGCAAAUGGACUGGGGUUUUCUACCCCAAGUUCGAGUCUUAGAGAUCAACAUGGAAGGUCUACACCUAGCAUUUUGACAGAUCUUUUGGAUGACAACCAAUGCAGCAGCUCUCAUGUUGGUCAGAUGACACCUUCCUCUCAACCUGUACUUCUAAAUGAUCCCCAGUCCUCCAGCUCAGAGCGGUUAACUCUAGAGUCUAUUGUAGUUCAGUAUCUCAAGCAACAGCAUCGACAGUGCCCAGCUCCUAUAACAACUCUUCCACCACUCAGUCUUCUGCAUCCACAUGCUUGUCCGGAGCCAAAGCGGAGCCUUGAUGCACCAUUGAACAUAGCGGCACGGCUAGGUACACGUGAGUUCAGAGGUGUCUAUGGUGGAGUCCAUGGAAAUCGCAGAGAUCGUCAGUUUAUUUACAGCAGAUUUAGGCCAUGGCGAACUUGUCGCGAUGAUGCUGGUGCUCUGUUGACAUGCCUCAGCUUCCUUGGGGACUCCUCCCAGGUUGUAGUUGGUAGCCAUGCAGGUGAGAUCAAAAUUUUUGACUCCAACAGCGGCAAUGUGCUGGACAGCUGCACAAGCCACCAGUCUCCUUUGACAGUUGUUCAGCCAUAUGUUUCUGGUGAAACGCGACUCAUUCUCUCUUCAAGCUCCCAGGAUGUGCGGUUAUGGAAUGCCUCUUCUGUAUCUGGUGGGUCCAUGCAUUUAUUUGAUGGCUGCAAGGCUGCAAAAUUUAGCAAUUCAGGGGCCACUUUUGCAGCCCUACCUGCUGAAUCCAGCCCCCGAGAGAUUCUCCUCUACGACGUCCAAACCUGCCUUAUGGAAUUGAAGCUUUCCGAUACUUCUGCCAAUUCUACAGCUAGGGGCCAUGCAUAUUCACUUAUACAUUUUAGUCCUUCAGACACAAUGCUCCUCUGGAAUGGUGUGUUGUGGGACCCGCGGGCUCAUGGUCCUGUGCAUCGCUUUGAACAGUAUUCUGACUAUGGCGGUGGCGGUUUUCAUCCUACUGGGAAUGAGGUAAUCAUAAAUUCCGAGGUCUGGGAUCUGAGGAAGCUGAGGUUGCUGCGAACUGUACCUUCUUUGGACCAAACGUCAAUUACAUUUAAUGCAAGUGGGGAUGUAAUUUAUGCAAUCCUGAGAAGAAAUUUAGAAGAUGUGAUGUCAGCAGUUCACACUCGUCGUGUUAAGCACCCUUUCUUUGCUGCUUUCCACACGGUGGAUGCCAUCAACUACUCUGAAAUUGCCACUAUACCUGUUGACCGUUGUGUUCUCGACUUUGCAACGGAGCCAACUGAUUCCUUUGUUGGGUUGAUCACAAUGGCUGACCAAGAAGAGAUGUUCUCAUCAGCUAGGGUGUAUGAAAUUGGUCGACGAAGGCCAACUGACGACGACGACGACCCUGAUGACGCACAGAGCGAUGAAGAAGAAGAAGAAGACGACGAUGAUGCUGACGUGGAUCCAAUUCUUGGGGCGGACAUGAAUGGGGAAGGGGAGAGUGAUGAUGAUGAUGAUGAUUUGAGCGAUGAGGAUGAGGAUGAUGAUGAUGAUAGUGGGAGUGAGUUGGAUGAUGAGGAGGAUGGUGAAUUUAUGAUGGACGAUGUAGACUUGGAUGGAGGAGCCGGGAUAUUAGAGUUUAUGACAGCAGGCGAUGAGGAUGACGAUGAUAGCCAGAUGCUUGAAUCAUUUAGCAGUGGUGAUGAGGAUGAAUUCACAGAAAAUGGUUUUGGUUUCUGAUUGUCUGAAACUAAAAAAAAAGAAAAAAAUUGUUAAAUCAACAUUCCUUCCAAGUCAUUAACUCUGAAUCCUGUAAUUAUUGUUUGAAGGCCAUAUGCCAAUUUUGUUACUUUGGUAUUCUCUUCCUCAACUUUGUUCAUAGCCAUAAGAUGAAAAUAAGAGAAUUUAUUCAUG